AUGGAUCAAUCGUUGUUCACAGUAUUUGGUAUUGGUGAUUUCGAAGAUAUUACAGAUAUGGGACCGAGUGGUUGGAGCUAUAUAUCGAAUGGUACUCUCUUUACAUAUACUCCCACUGGCGGCGAUCCCACUUUGGUGAAUCAACCGUUCGAAGGAUCUUGCUACGUUCAAUUUCAAAACGAAUCCAAUAUCAUAGAGACAGCACCAAUACUUUUUGCAAAUCUUACACCCAUUUCUAUAUAUAAUAAACUAUAUCUUCAAUUCUAUCUAUUUAUUAUAGAGGGAGAAACAAAUUCCUCAUCACUCAUCAUCAAACUCAACGAUACACAGGUCGCAAAAGUUGAUCAAUCAACACCUGUCUCCAACAACAUCACAUCGAAAUACCAAUACCGAUUAAUUUCAAUCGAUCUUACAGACUAUGCCAACGGUACCCAUUAUCAAUUAACAAUUCAAUAUGACCAAGGUGAAUCUUCACCCGGAAAUGAUACCAUUUAUCUAGUUGAUUAUAUUACAUUUUUAUCAGCCACCACAAAUCCACCAAUAGCAUCAAAUAUAUAUAUUUCAUCUAGUGGAGAUGAUACAAAAGGAGAUGGAUCAAUAGAUAAACCAUUUUGUAGUUUACAGCGAGCAAUAAAUUUGAUAGAGUCUGGAUACAGUGUUUAUUUAUUGAGUGACAUUGAAGUACAAUCUCAGAGCUUUGGUUUAACCUACAUAUUCGACACUCUCGGAAAGAAUAUUACUAUUGAAGGUUAUGGUUCCGGUUAUUCAAUUGAACAGAGUAAAACUUUUGCCUUGACACGAUAUGCUAUCAUUACAGGUGGACAGUUGACCGUGAAUCAACUUUCAUGGAGUAAAUCGUUCACCCCAAACUAUGGACAGGCUAGUCUAUUUACGGUUUCUGCUGGUUCCAGUCUGAUAGUCAGCAAUUCAAACCUCACCGAACUUCAGGCUUAUAUUGCAGACAAUGUUACGGCUAUUGCCCACUUGCAAUUGGAUUCGAACUGCAUACUUACCAAUUGUACAAUCAAUGUCUGCCUUGGUGACUUGUUUUAUUCCAUAGGAAAUAACCUCACUUUGAACGCAAUUACUUUUCUAAGAAACGAAUAUGGAGCUGUCUUUGUGCUAGAUAAUCCAUCCUCCAAUCUGUCAUUGACCAAUUCAUCAUUCCGAUCCAGUUUCAAUGUAUUUCUAGUAUUCAAUAUGAAUAUGAUAUACGUGUACAAUAUCACAUUUGCAGAUGCCGGAUAUUUCCAAAAGAACGACUAUAUCUCUGGAGGUACUUUGAUUAUCGACCAAUGCUCCUUCUUGAGAAACGCUCUUAUGGUCAAUUUUAAUAAUAUUCAACACACAAUUAUAUCGAAUACAGUCUACACUUCGAGUCAAUUCACAUCUCAACCACUUAUCAAUAUUCGCAAUACCAUCGUCGAUUCUCUGUUGGAGGUAUCCAAUGUCACUUUUUCAUUAUCACUUGCCACCUCCAACCCAAUUAUAUCUAUCCAAUCAGCGGGAUCCAAUUAUUUUAAUAAUAGUGCAUUCGUUUCCAAUCUUACACCUCUGAUGAAAAUCAUACAUACAAAUAUCACCUUUGACAAUAUCACUAUUGCAUACAAUUCGAAAUCAUCGGUUCUAUUUACUAUAGUUGGUGGAACUACCGAUCUUCUCAAUAUGAACGUCCUAGAGAAUGAAGUUCCAUUGAUUUCCUCAACCGGUGCAUCUCUCAACAUAAAUGCGUCCCUUUUUUUCCAAAACACAAAUCAACAAUAUAUAUCGAUUCCUUUUAUCUCACUGAUAAAACCAAACAUUGUCAACAUCUACAAUGUUACUGUCAUGUUUAGUUACAACUUUCAAUUUAUUUAUAUGACCAACGGACAGCAAGUAUCGAUUGAUACCAUCAACUUUUUCAACAAUUCCAUUGCCGAGUUGAUUUUGGCAUCCUAUACCAAAUUGGUGGUGAGCACUAUUAAGGCGACCGACAACUUUUUGGCAACGAAAUACCCUAUUGAAGUGGAUAACUGUGAUUUCACUUUAUAUUUUGCGACAUUCAGCAGAAACACUCAAUUCCUAUUGAUUACCAAUUCACAGUUUGCCGUGUCCUAUACUUACUGGAGUACGGUUAGCACUGUCGAUGGCAUGGAGUCAUUUUCAAUUCUCAACUCUACUGGAUCUUUCUAUGAAACCGAUAUCGAUUUAACUAUUCCAAGUACAGGAUUAUAUGUUGUAAACUCCUAUCUCAAUUUAACAGAGACUUUUUUCACUAACUUAAAUGCCUAUGACACUCCAGUUGGCUACUACCUAAACUCCACUAUUUAUAUGGCCGAGGCCAAUAUUGAAGGAAAUUCUGCAGGCAACAAUAUGAUGACCUUCCAAGAUUGUUCCCUCACCAUUUUAAAUAGUAACUUUUACAAUUUGACUUCGCCUACAAUCAGUAUAUUUAACAUUGUGACAUCCAAUGUAUAUAUCUCCGACUCUUAUUUCAAUGGGAAUAGUGGAGGAACAGGAAUUAAAUUGACGAAUUCUUUUGCUCGUAUCGAGAAAACUAUGUUUGACGCGAACGUUUAUACCAUAGGGUAUCUGUUCGAUGUCGUUGGAGGCACUCUAAUACUGGAUGAUUGCGAAGUCCAAGCCAACCAAGGUGGAUUUCAGGUUUUAGGCAACUCAGUAGUGGAACCAACUACGUUCAUUGUUAAAAAUACGUAUUUCGAGGUCAAUCAUCCAGAGAAUCAAUUGUUUAAUGUUGAAUCAAUUGAAUUGAAUAUUUACAAUUGCAUCUUUUCAUCGAAUGGCUCUCCUCAUUCAGUGGCAAUCAUUCAGGUCGCUAAAAGUGUUUUGGUUAUGGAUUUAGUUACGUUUUAUAAUCACGAACUAUAUGCAGAAUUCAGUUCGUCCAUAGCCGUACAGACCUCGUCUGUUACCAUUACCAACAGUAAAUUUUCACAAAAUGGUGGUAUGUACGGUGUAUUGUAUUUCGAUGGCAACACAGAUCGGCUAAUUGAAAUAAGUGGAUGUACUUUUGAUAUGAACUUUGCUAUCUCUGGUUCAGCAAUCUCUGCCUUUAACUCACAAAUGAUAUCGGUAAUGAACUCUACUUUUUCUUCAAACUCGGCCAAUCAACCAUACUCAACCAAAGAAUCGAUAGAUAUCAAUAAUUGUGGUGGUGCUAUUACCCUGGUAAAUUCAAAUAUGUGGUCAAACAAUAACAAUUAUUCUUUUAAUAAUGCUGGUCAAAAUGGUGGAGUGGUUUACGUAGCUCUAAAUUCCUACUCACUACACACCAACGAUAUAUUCAAUUCAAACACUGUUAGUUAUGGAUCUGGUGCAUGUUGUUAUGACGACACAAACUCUGGCAGAUGUGCAAUUGGAACAUGUGAUACACCAGAGUCUUGUGUAACCACUAAAAAUAAUACUAUCAUAGAUAACUAUGCAAUAUUUGGUCCAAUUUACGCAUCAGGUCCUGUAAGGAUGAAUAUUUCACUUGUUGGAACAACAACUAUUCAACCAAAUACAACAUUCGUAAUUCAAGUUGCUUUGUACGAUGCUUAUAAACAAAUUAUUAGUGUACUUCGUGAAUCGAUAUCUGUACAGGUCAUCAUAUCAAAGGUAGUCGAUGAUAAUUUGGUUUUCAUUUCAAAAGUAUAUACAGAGUCAACACAACAAGGAUGGGUUCAAUAUUCAUUGAGCCUCGACAUCCCAAUUGGAUUGGAACUUGUUUUCCAGGCUAAUACCACAAACAGAAACUUCUCUAGUACAUUGAGAGCAAAUUCAACAGGUUGUUUACCUGGAUAUUUCCCAGAGAUCACUUCGGGUAGCUGUGAGAUAUGUCCGGUUGGAACCUAUGGGUGGGAUGGUCAAACUUGCUACCUGUGCAGUCAAAUCGGUAUGGAAAAAGUUAGAUGUCCUGGUGGAAAUACAAUCACAACGAUGCCCGGAUUCUAUUUACUUCCAGAUGUAUAUCCACCAGAUAUCUACGAAUGUGCACCGACCAUCUGUGAAUUCAAUCAGUGUCGUGAGCAUCAAUACGGUUUGCUUUGUUCCAAGUGUGAAAACGAUUAUUUCAAAGUCAAGUCCUACUGUGAAUAUUGUCCAGAGGGUAGCAUGAACUAUUUACUGGUGGUUGGAAUACUUUUGUUCUUUACUGCCUACUUCCUGUUCCUCUCAAUCUACAAGAUUCCAUCGGGAACCGUUCUGUUUAAUUUCUUGGUGUGCGUUCAAAUGAUAUCAGUUAUUUCGUUUGACAUUAGAUAUGUAGCUAUCCUGCCUCUGUUCAAUUUCCAAAUUGACUUUUGGCCUACCAAUUUAUCGAAAUGGCUAUGUAUGGUGGGACAUUGUUUUGAUGGUUCGAUCGCUUUGUUUUAUUUUCACCACCAUCAGUACAAUCUACCAUUUGGAUACGAAAGCGUUGUUCCUCUCUACUUUUGGUUUGUUCUUUACCUGCCUGAAUUGGCUUCUGGCACCACACAGAGAUAA